AUGGGGGCGGUGGACCGAGAGGAGUGGAACGCAGCGGCUGGCCACGCUGGAGGCAACAGCCCCUUCCAGCGCGCCAUUAUCGAGCCCCAGUCGGAAUUCGCAUUUAAGUCCAUGGACGUGAACCGGGACCGAGGGCGACAGGGCGAGGGCGAGAGGCUGUCUUAA